UUAUUAAGCCAUCUGACAAAUAUUAUUGUACAGUAGUGCUGUGUGAGUAGCCUUUCUAUGAUCUGAGCAAGCCCAAAUGUCUUCAUCUCUCUCUACAGGGAUUGAGAUUAAAAAAUCCGCUCCUUUUCGUCGUUUUCCCUUACAAGAAAUCGAAAUCCACCUAAAGUUCUCAUCUUUCAUUGCCAUCAGCAGCACGAGCCUAUAUGUUGCUGUGUUGCGUCAUGCUUUCAGGUUCAGAUAUACUUAUUGGUAUCCAACUUUAUGUAUUCAGGUUUUCCCUUCUCAAAUCCUUAAGUCUUUUUGGUGCAUGCUUCUUGUUUGGUAGCAUCUAGUUUUCCCUCCUGAAUUUAUUGAUAUUCUGCCAAGGUUCAUCUUCUGUUACUGGUAUUACAUACUAGUACCUGAAUUUUAGUGAAAGAUUGCUUUUUGAAACAGUUAAUAAUGACAAUUGCAAGUGUAUUUUCGGACGUGAGGAGCAAGGGAAAGGGCAAGGACGUUGUUGAAGAGAACUCGCCCUUGCUGCCAAGCUUGAAGAAUGAGAAUGGAGAGUUUAAUGAAUUUAAUGGCGCUUCAUUUCCCGGUGCUGUGUUCAAUCUCUCAACCACGAUUGUGGGCGCUGGAAUCAUGUCUCUUCCAGCCACUAUGAAAGUGUUGGGUUUGGUGCCGGGAAUAGUUAUGAUUGUGUUUUUUGCAUUCCUAGCUGAGGCUUCAAUAGAGUUGUUGAUCAGGUUUAGUAGAGUUGGGAAGUCAGUUUCUUAUGGCGGGGUUAUGGGUGAUUCUUUUGGAAAGUUUGGGAGGAUGCUGCUUCAGAUUUGUGUGGUUGUAAAUAAUGUUGGAGUGAUGAUUGUCUAUAUGAUUAUAAUUGGUGAUGUGCUUUCUGGUACUUCUUCCGACGGUGUUCAUCACUCGGGUGUUUUUGAAGGGUGGUUUGGUGAGCAUUGGUGGACCGGGCGUUUCUUUGUUCUUCUUGUAACAACUCUUGCAGUAUUUGCUCCUUUAGCAAGCUUCAAGCGUGUAGAUUCUUUGAGCUACACGUCUGCCUUGUCUGUUGCUCUUGCUGUAGUUUUUGUUGUGAUUACAGCUGGGAUUGCUAUUGUAAAGUUGCUGAAUGGAAGCAUACCAAUGCCAAAAUUGUUUCCUGUGAUACCGAAUCUCGCAUCUGUCUGGAACCUCUUCACCGCAGUUCCAGUUCUCGUAACAGCUUUUAUCUGCCAUUUCAAUGUUCACAGCAUAGACAAUGAACUCGAAGACUCCUCCCAGAUAAAACCAGUUGUGAGGACAUCACUAGCACUCUGCUCUACUGUUUACAUAGCCACAAGCUUCUUCGGUUACCUUCUCUUUGGCGAAUCAACCCUUCAUGAUGUGCUCGCCAAUUUCGACGAAAACCUCGGCAUACCAUACAGCGCUGUUCUUAAUGAUGUUGUUCGCGUCAGCUAUGCUGUACACCUUAUGCUUGUAUUCCCCAUGAUAUUCCAUGCUUUGAGGCUCAACUUGGAUGGUCUUCUCUUUCCCAAUGCAAGGCCUUUAUCUACUGAUAGUUUCAGGUUCACAGUGAUUUCUGUUACGCUUCUUUCACUCGUGUUCUUAGCUGCAAACUUUGUUCCGAGCAUCUGGGAUGCCUUCCAAUUCACCGGCGCCACUGCUGCGGUUUGCAUUGGAUUCAUCUUUCCUGCUGCAAUGACGAUUAGGGAUCCACAUGGCAUUGCAACUUUGAGGGACAAACUUCUAUCUGUUCUAAUGAUUGUGCUUGCUGUGUUAUCAAAUGGAAUUGCCAUUUACAGUGAUGCCUCUUCUCUCUUCAACACGGCCAAUGCUUGAACUCAACGGUAAGCCCUUCCGGUUUAAAGAGAGUUAUUAUGAACAGCUAGGAAAACUGCAUUUGGUUUCCUUUUGCUCAAUUAUGUGCUAUAAUAAACUAAUUAGUCUCAACACUGUUAGUUGAGAUUUAUUGUAUGGUUAUGUAUUUCUAUGUGAUGUUGUAGAUUUUCAAUUCUGCUUGCCUUUUUAUAAAUAAUACUGAGAUAUUGGACAAUGCUGUAUUAUA